UGAAGAAAAAACUGGACGAGCUCACAGACCUCUCUCUCCUAAACAAAAUGUGAGGAAGAAUCUUGAUUUUGAGCCACUCUCCACUACAGCACUUAUUUUAGAAGACAGACCAGCGAACCUCCCUGCAAAACCAGCAGAAGAAGCUCAGAAACACAGACAACAGUACGAAGAAAUGGUGGUUCAAGCCAAAAAAAGAGAGCUUAAAGAAGCACAGAAGAGAAAGAAACAACUGGAAGAACGCUGUAAACUGGAAGACAGCAUCGGCAACGCUGUGUUAACUUGGAACAAUGAAAUUUUACCCAACUGGGAAACUAUGUGCUGUUCCCGUAAGGUUCGAGAGCUGUGGUGGCAGGGCAUCCCACCGAGCGUGAGAGGCAGAGUCUGGAGCUUGGCAAUUGGCAACGAGUUAAACAUCACCCAUGAACUGUAUGAUAUUUGCCUGGCCCGUGCCAAAGAGAAGUGGCGAUCACUCAGCACAGGAGGGGCUGAAGUAGAAUGUGAAGAUGCUGGAUUUUCUGCAGCCGACAGAGAAGCAAGCUUGGAGUUAAUAAAACUGGAUAUCUCAAGAACGUUUCCUAAUCUCUGUAUAUUCCAGCAAGGUGGUCCUUACCAUGAUACGUUGCACAGUAUUUUAGGAGCCUAUACUUGCUACAGACCUGAUGUAGGCUAUGUACAGGGCAUGUCAUUCAUAGCAGCAGUACUGAUCUUGAACUUGGAUACUGCAGAUGCCUUCAUUGCUUUUUCUAACCUUUUAAAUAGACCCUGUCAGAUGGCAUUUUUCCGUGUGGAUCACAGCCUUAUGUUGACUUACUUUGCUGCAUUUGAAGUAUUCUUUGAAGAAAAUCUGCCCAAGUUAUUUGCUCACUUCAAAAAAAAUAAAUUAACUCCAGACAUCUAUCUUAUUGAUUGGAUAUUCACAUUGUACAGCAAGUCUUUGCCACUAGACUUGGCAUGUCGUGUCUGGGAUGUGUUCUGCCGUGAUGGAGAAGAGUUCUUAUUCCGUACAGCCCUGGGAAUAUUAAAACUUUUUGAAGAUAUUUUGACCAAAAUGGACUUCAUACAUAUAGCCCAGUUUUUAACAAAGCUACCAGAGGACUUGCCUUCGGAAGAAUUCUUCACAUCUAUUGCUGCCAUUCAGAUGCAAAGUAGAAACAAAAAGUGGGCUCAGAUCUUGGCUGCGCUGCAGAAGGAUAACCGGGAAGUGGAGAAAGGAAGCCCUUCGCUCAAACGUUAGAGCUCUGGCGGCCUCCAGUGACUCAUGGGAAGAGAGCUAAAGUGGCAAAAGUACUGAGUACUGUUUAACAUGUAUGAGCCUGCAAAUCAAAGUGUUAUUUCAGAGUUUUGGUUAGUAGUAGGAUAGCCUUAAAGGGGAGAGAGG